GAGGUAUAUUUGUUCACUGAUCAGAUCAGAAAAAGGAAUGAACGGUGGUGAUGCUUACGGUAUCAUGGAGGCGCAAUACAUAAGGAGACAUCACCGGCACGACAUCAGAGACGACCAGUGCUCCUCUGCUCUUGUCAAACAUGUCAAAGCUCCUGUUAAUCUCGUAUGGUCAUUGGUAAGGCGGUUUGAUCAGCCGCAGAAGUACAAGCCGUUUGUGAGCAGGUGCAUAAUGAAAGGGGACCUCGGAAUUGGUAGUGUUAGAGAAGUCAACGUUAAAUCCGGCCUUCCGGCCACCACCAGCACCGAACGAUUAGAGCUUCUUGAUGACAAAGAGCACAUUCUCGGCAUCAAAAUCGUCGGCGGCGACCACCGUCUCAGGAAUUAUUCUUCAAUCAUAACGGUCCAUCCAGAGGUUAUAGAAGGAAGGCCGGGGACAAUGGUGAUAGAAUCAUUCGUGGUCGACGUGCCAGAAGGGAACACCCAGGACGAAACUUGUUACUUCGUGGAGGCUCUUAUCCGAUGUAAUCUCAAGUCAUUAGCCGACGUUUCGGAGAGGAUGGCCGUCUUGGACCAAACAGAGCCUAUCAACCGAUACUAAUUCAUAAAUUUUGAUGACCACUAGCUUCAAUGGACAAUAUUUAACAAUAUGGGGUUCCUUUUUUUUCCACUGUUAAUGUUUUAUGGCGUUCUGGGUUUCGUUAUUAUGGUGUUAUAUAUGUAAAUAUCUAUGUAAUAUAAAAAAUGAUGGAGGCUUUUAUCGUUUUAUAAC